AUGACCAACACAGAACACAAGGUGGUCCACGAGGCCAACGGCUGCCAAUCUCAUGAUACUCCCAAGGAGUUCUACGACAGGCAACCCGAGCCAGGCUUCAUCAAAGACAUCGAUCAAUACUAUCAGAUGUAUCACAAGUCCAUUCAACAACCAGACGAAUUUUUCGGACCUUUGGCCCGCGAGUUGUUACACUGGGACAAAGACUUCGCCAAGGUGCGCUCUGGUUCGUUGGAUACCGGGGAUGUUGCCUGGUUUUUGGGAGGUGAAUUAAAUGCCUGUUACAACUGUGUUGACAGAUACGCAUUCCAAACUCCUGACAAGCUUGCAAUUGUUUGUGAAAACGAUGAUGAAAAGGAUAGCCACUCCUUGACUUACAAACAGUUGUUGUUUGAGAUCUGUAAAGUGUCGCAGGUGUUACAAGACUGGGGAGUCAAGAAAGGUGACACUGUGGCCAUCUAUAUGCCCAUGAACUCCCAGGCGAUUAUUGCCAUGUUGGCAGUAGCCCGUUUAGGAGCCAUCCACUCAGUGAUUUUCGCUGGUUUCUCUUCUGGUUCCAUCAAGGACAGAGUCAACGAUGCCAGCUGUAAGGCUUUGAUCACCUGUGAUGAAGGUAAAAGAGGUGGAAAAACCAUCAACAUCAAGAAGUUAUGUGAUGAAGCUCUUGUCAACUGUCCAUCUGUGGAAAAGGUACUUGUGUACAAACGUACGGGGGGAAACGUUUACAUGGAAUCAGGUAGAGACUUCUAUUGGGACGAAGAAACUAGCAAGUUCAGUGGAUACAUUCCACCUACUCCUGUUAAUGCUGAAGACCCAUUGUUCUUAUUGUACACCUCCGGAUCCACGGGUACUCCCAAGGGAGUGGUUCACACCACUGCCGGGUACCUUUUAGGAGCGGCGUUGACCACCAAGUACAUUUUUGAUAUCCACCAACAAGAUGUCUUGUUCACGGCCGGUGAUGUUGGUUGGAUCACGGGCCAUACCUACGCGUUGUACGGACCAUUAUUAUUGGGAGUCACAUCGGUGGUAUUUGAGGGAACCCCAGCGUAUCCAGACUUUGGCCGGUUGUUCAAGAUCAUUGAUGACCACAAAGUUACUCACUUCUAUAUUGCUCCAACUGCGUUGAGAUUGUUGAGAAAAUCUGGGGAAGCCGAGAUUGCCAAAUACGAUUUGUCCACUUUGAGAACCUUGGGUUCUGUGGGUGAACCUAUUUCUCCAGAUAUUUGGGAAUGGUAUAACGAGAAAAUCGGUAAGGGUCAAUGUCAUAUUGCUGAUACCUACUGGCAAACCGAGUCUGGUUCUCAUUUCAUUGCUCCAAUUGCUGGUAUCAUUCCAAACAAGCCAGGAUCUGCCGCUUUACCAUUCUUCGGGAUUGACACUUGUCUUAUUGACCCAGUUUCGGGCCAAGAGAUCCACGGAAAUGAUGUGGAAGGGGUUUUGGCCAUCAAGAGUUCGUGGCCUUCCAUGGCCCGUUCGGUGUGGAAAAAUCAUGGAAAGUACAUGGAUACUUACUUGAAGCCAUAUCCAGGUUUUUACUUCACUGGGGAUGGGGCUGCUAGAGAUCAUGAUGGUUACUACUGGAUUAGAGGAAGAGUCGAUGAUGUGGUGAACGUCAGUGGCCACAGAUUAUCGACGGCUGAAAUCGAAGCGAUUUUGAUCGAAUAUCCUGGUGUAACUGAAUCUGCCGUGGUUGGUAUCAACGACGAUUUGACUGGACAAGCUAUUGUUGCCUAUGUAGCUUUGAAAGACAAUGCGGUGGACAAUUUGGAUGAGUUGAGAAAAGCCUUGGUGAUGUUGGUAAGAAAAGAAAUUGGUCCUUUUGCUGCUCCCAAGUCCAUUAUUGUCGUUGCUGACUUGCCCAAAACCAGAUCCGGUAAGAUCAUGAGAAGAAUCUUGAGAAAGAUUAGUUCUCACGAAGCCGACCAAUUGGGUGAUAUCUCCACCUUGGCCAACCCUCAAUCUGUUGAAGGUAUCAUUGAAUGCUUCAGUGCCCAAUUCGGAAAGAAAUAA